AUGCCUCCCAGUGGCGGCGAUACCCCUGGAACUCCCGCAGGUUCUACCUCGAAGCAGAUCUCACACCACUCAGAACCGCAUUCCUCUAUUCCAAAACUACAUACGCGGGGGACGCCGCCUCCAGGGACUCCACUGCUUACCAGUAUCCAGAUAUAUUCCACACGCGUUCCUCAAUCGUGGGUUACACCUCUCUGCGGGGCAAGUGCCGGCAUCGCAUCUGGCAUCGUGACCUGUCCGUUGGAUGUCAUCAAAACUAAACUACAGGCGCAGGGUGGUUUUCAGCUUCGACGAAAUGGACAGUUGGUGGAAACGGGAAUGCUGUACAAGGGGAUGAUUGGAACCGGCAGAAUUAUUUGGAAAGACGAAGGUAUUAAAGGAUUCUAUAGGGGACUCGGACCCAUGCUUUUGGGUUACUUACCGACCUGGGCCAUCUACCUAACAAUAUACGACCGGUCUAGAGAAUACUUCUGGGAGAAGACAGAAAACUGGUGGAUGGCUCGCGGCUAUGCAUCUCUCACUGCGGGAGCCUGUUCGACGAUCGCUACGAACCCUAUUUGGGUAAUCAAAACGAGACUCAUGUCACAGAGUCUCACUCCCUCGACUAAUGGCUAUCGAGCCCCCUGGCACUAUAAAAGUACGCUGGAUGCUGCUCGUAAGAUGUACGCCACAGAAGGAAUAAAAGCUUUCUAUUCUGGUCUUACUCCCGCCUUGCUUGGGCUGACACAUGUCGCUAUACAAUUUCCACUUUACGAAUAUUUCAAGAUGGCUUUUACUGGCUUUGGCAUUGGCGAGCAUCCAGAUGAGGGCAAUACCCAAUGGCUAGGCAUAAGUGCAGCCACUUUUCUGAGCAAAGUAUGCGCCAGCACUGUUACUUAUCCUCAUGAGGUAUUACGAACUCGUUUGCAAACCCAACAAAGACUCGAGCCAGCUGCGUCACCUGAAGGAAUCACAUUCCGUGGGGCUCUAGAGCAACCUCAGGAUCACGGUCGCCCUCCCGGGUUAGGCUCCGGUGCAUCAUCGUCGGAUGGCAUGCGAAAUCAGCCCCGAUAUCGUGGCGUGGUCCGUACUUUCCAAACCAUUCUUCGGGAGGAGGGAUGGCGCGCCUUUUAUGCCGGUAUCGGAACCAAUUUGUUUCGUGCAGUGCCAGCUGCGAUGACCACGAUGCUCACAUAUGAAUAUCUUCGGAAUGUCAUACAUUGGACCCAAUACGAAGGUGAUAAAAUCUUGACAGAGGGAACUUCGACGACUUUUUAA